GUCACCCUAGUCAUUCCAGUCAUCCCAGUCAUCCCUAGUCAUCCUUGGUCAUCCCUCUUAGUCAUCCCUGUCAUCCCUUGGUCAUCCCUAGUCAUUCCUAGUCAUCCUAGUCAUCCCAGUCAUCCCUAGUCAUCCUAGUCAUCCUAGUCAUCCCUAGUCAUCCUUAGUCAUCGUUAGUCAACCCAGCUGUCCCUAGUCAUCUUAGUCAUCCCUAGUCAUCCCUAGUCAUCCUUAGUCAUCCCUAGUCAUCCUGCGUCCCAGUCAUCCCUAGUUAUCCCUGGUCAUCCCCAGUCAUCCCCAGUCAUCCUUAGUCAUCCUAUUCCUCCCUAGUCAUCCCUAGUCAUCCCGGUCGUCCCAGUCAUCCCUAGUCAUCCCUAGUCAUCCCACUCAUCCUUACUCCUCCCUAGACAUCCCUAGUCAUCCCGGUCGUCAUCCCUUAGUCAUCCCAGUCAUCCCAGUCAACCCUAGUCAUCCCUUAGUCAUCCCAGUCAUCCUUAGUCAUCCCAGUCAUCCCUAGUCCUCCCUGUCAGCCUUGUCAUCCCUAGUCAUUCCUUAUUAUCCUUAGUCAUCCCAGUCAUCCCUACUCAACCCUAGUCAUCCCUAGUCAUCCCAUUCAUCCAUAGUCAUCCCUAGUCAUCCCUUGUCAACUCAGCCAUCCCUAGUCAUUCCUUGUCAUCCCUAGUCAUCCCUAGUCAUCCCAGUAAUCCCUAGUCAUCCGAGUCAUCCGAAGACAUCCCUAGUCAUCCUUAGUCAACUCAGCUAUCCCUAGUCAUCCCUACUCAUCCCCAGUCAUCCCUAGUCAUCCCUAGUUAUCCCAGUCGUCCCUAGUCCCCUAGUCAUCCCUAGUCAUCCCUGUCAUCCUAGUCAUCCCUAGUCACCCCUAGUCAUCCCAGUAAUCCCUAGUCAUCCGUAGUCAUCCUUAGUCACCCCUAGUCAUCCCAGUCAUCCCUAGUCAUCCCUAAUCAUCCCAGUCAUCCCUAGUCAUCCCUAGUCAUCCCUAGUCAUCCCGGUCGUCUUAGUUAUCCCUAGUCAUCCCACUCAUCCUUAGUCAUCCCUAGUCAUCCCUAGUCAUCCCAGUCAUCCCUAGUCAUCCCUAGUCAUCCCAGUCAACCCUAGUCAUCCCUAGUCAUCCCUAAUCAUCCCAGUCAUCCCUAGUCAUCCCUAUUCAUCCCUAGUCAGCCUUGUUUUCCCUAGUCAUUCCUGAUCAUCCUUAGUCAUCCCAGUCAUCCCUACUCAUCCCUAGUCAUCCCUAGUCAUCCCUAGUCAUCCCAGUCAUCCCAGUCAUCCCUAGUCAUCCCUAGUCAUGCCAGUUGUCUUAGUCAUCCCUAGUCAUCCCUAGUCAUCCUAGUCAUCCUUGGUCAUCCCUAGUCAUCCCAGUCAUCCCUAGUCAUCCCUAGUCAUCCCUAGUCAUCCCAGUCAUCCCUAGUCAUCCCUAGUCCCUAUCACCCUAGUCAUCCCUAGUCAUCCCAGUCAUCCCUAGUCAUCCUUAGUCAUCCUAGUCAUCCUUAGUCAUCCCUAGUCAUCCCUUGUCAUCCCUGGUCAUCCCAGUCAUCCCUAGUCAUCCUUGGUCAUCCCUAGUCAUCCCUAGUCAUCCCUCCCAGUCAUCCCUAGUCAUCCUAGUCAUCCUAUCAUCCCUAGUCAUCCCUAGUCAUCCCUAGUCAUCCCAGUCAUCCCUACUCAUCCCUAGUCAUCCCUAGUCAUCCCAGUCAUCCAUAGUCAUCCCAGUCAUCCCUAGUCAUCCUAGUCAUCCCUAGUCAUCCCUAGUCAUCCUUAGUCAACUCAGCCAUCCCUAGUCAUCCCUAGUCAUCCCUAGUCAUCCGUAGUUAUCCCAGUCGUCUUAGUUAUCCCUAGUCAUCCCUAGUCAUCCCAGUCAUCCGUAGUCAUCCCUAGUGAUCCUUAGUCAUCGCUAGUCAUUCCUAGUCAACUUAGCCAUCCCUAGUCAUUCCUUGUCAUCCCUAGUCAUCCCAGUUAUCCCUAGUCAUCCUAGUCAUCCCUAGUCAUCCCUAGUCAUCCUUAGUCAACUCAGCCAUCCCUAGUUAUCCCUUGUCAUCCCUACUUAUCCCAGUCGUCUUAGUUAUCCCUAGUCAUCCCUAGUAAUCCCUGUCAUCCUUAGUCAUCCCUAGUUACCCCUAGUCAUCUUAGUCAUCCUUAGUCCUCCCUAGUCAUCCUUAGUCACCCCUAGUCAUCCCAGUCAUCCCUAGUCAUCCUUAGUCAUCCCAGUCAUCCCUAGUUAUCCCUGGUCAUCCCUAGUCAUCCCCAGUCAUCCUUAGUCAUCCUUCGUCAUCCCCUGGUCAUCCUUAGUCAUCCCUAGUCAUCCCCAGUCAUCCUUAGUCAUCCCUAGUCAUCCCUAGUCAUCCCAGUCAUCCCUAGUCAUCCUUUGUCAUCCCAGUCAUCCCAGUCAUCCCUGGUCAUCCCAAGUCAUCCUAGUCAUCCCUAGUCCCUAGUCAUCCCUAGUCAUCCCAGUCAUCCCAGUCAUCCUAGUCAUCCCUAGUCAUCCCUAGUCAUCCUAGUCAUCCCAGUCAUCCCAGUCAUCCCUAGUCAUCCCUAGUCAUCCCUAGUGAUCCCUAGUCAUCCCCAGUGAUCCUUAGUCAUCUUACUCAUCCCUAGUCAUGCCUAGUCAUCCCUAGUCAUCCCUAGUCUUCCCAGUCAUCCCUAGUCAUCCCUAGUCAUCCCUAGUCAUCCCUAGUCAUCCCUAGUCAUCCCAGUCAUCCCUAGUUAUCCCUAGUCAUCCCUAGUCAUCCCUAGUCAUCCCUAGUCAUCCCUAGUCAUCCCUUGUCAUCCCAGUGUUCCUCAGUCAUCCCUAGUCAUCCCUACUCAUCCCAGUUAUCCCUAGUCAUCGCUAGUCAUCCCUAGUGUCCCAGUCAUCCCUAGUCAUCCCUAGUCAUCCUUAGUCAUCCCUAGUCACCCCAGUCAUCCUUAUUUAUCCCUAUUCAUCCCAGUCAUCCUUAGUCAUCCCUGGUCAUCCCUAGUCAUCCCCAGUCAUCCUUAGUCAUCCCUAUUGGUCCCAGUCAUCCUUAGUCAUCCCUAGUCAUCCUAGUCAUCCCUAGUCAUCCUUAGUCGUCCUCCCUAGUCUUCCCUAGUCAUCCCAGUCAUCCAUAGUCAUCCCUAGCCAUCCCAGUCGUCUUAGUAAUCCCUAGUCAUCCCUAGUCAUCCCUAGUCAUCCCUAGUGAUCCCAGUCAUCUUUAGUCAUCCCUAGUCAUCCCUGGUCAUCCCUAGUCAUCCCAGUAUUCCCUAGUCAUCCCUAGUCAUGCCAGUCAACCUUAGACAUCCCUAGUGAUCCCUAGUCAUCCCUAGUCAUCCCUAGUCAGCAUAGCGAUCCCUAGUCAUUCCUAGUCAUUCUUAGUCAUCCCUAGUCAUCCCAGUCAUCCUUGGUCAUCCCUAAUCAUCUCAGUCAUCUCUAGUCAUCCCAGUCAUCCCUGGUCAUCCUUAGUCAUCCCAGUCAUCCCUAGUCAUCCGAAGUCAGCCUAGUCAUCCCUAGUCACCCUAGUCAUUCCAGUCAUCCCAGUCAUCCCCAGUCAUCCUUGGUCAUCGCUAGUCAUCCCUGUCGUCUUAGUUAUUCCUAGUCAUGCCUAGUCAUCCCAGUCAUCCCUAGUCAUCCUAGUCAUCUCUAGUCAUCCCUAGUCAUCGUUAGUCAACUCAGCCGUCACUAGUCAUCUUAGUCAUCCGUAGUCAUCCGUAGUCAUCCUUAGUCACCCCUAGUAAUCCCAGUCAUCCCUAGUUAUCCCUGGUCAUCCCUAGUCAUCCCCAGUCAUCCUUAGUCAUCCUAUUCCUCCCUAGUCAUCCCUAGUCAUCCCCGUCGUCUUAGUCAUCCCUAGUCAUCCCUAGUCAUCCCACUCGUCCUUACUCCUCCCUAGUCAUCCCUAGUCAUCCCAGUCAUCCAUUGUCAUCCCUAGUCAUCCCAGUCAACCCUAGUCAUCCCUAGUCAUCCCAGUCAUCCUUAGUCAUCCCUAGUCAUCCCUAGUCAGCCUUGUCAUCCCUAGUCAUUCCUUAUCAUCCUUAGUCAUCCCUAGUCAUCCCAGUCAUCCCUAGUCAUCCCUAGUCAUCCCAUUCAUCCAUAGUCAUCCCUAGUCAUCCCUUGUCAACUCAGCCAUCCCUAGUCAUUCCUUGUCAUCCCUAGUCAUCCCUAGUCAUCCCAGUCAUCCCUAGUCAUCCUAGUCAUCCGUAGUCAUCCCUAGUCAUCCUUAGUCAACUCAGCUAUUCCUAGUCAUCCCUACUCAUCCCUAGUCAUCCCUAGUCAUCCCUAGUUAUCCCAGUCGUCUUAGUUAUCCCUAGUCAUCCCUAGUCAUCCCUGUCAUCCUUAGUCAUCCCUACUCAACCCUAGUCAUCUUAGUCAUCCCUAGUCAUCCUUAGUCAUCCUUAGUCACCCCUAGUCAUCCCAGUCAUCCUUAGUUAUCCUUAAUCAUCCCAGUCACCCCUAGUUAUCCCUGGUCAUCCCUAGUCAUCCCUAGUGAUAUCGGUCGUCUUAGUCAUCCCUAGUAAUCUUACUCAUCCUUAGUCAUCCCUAGUCAUCCCUAGUCAUCCUAGUCAUCCCUAGUCAUCCCUAGUCAUCCCAGUCAACCCUAGUCAUCUCUACUCAUCCCUAGUCAUCCUAGUCAUCCCUGGUCAUCCCUAGUCAUCCCUAGUCAGCCUUGUCAUCCCUAGUCAUUCCUGAUCAUCCCUAGUCAUCCCAGUCAUCCCUAGUCAUCCCUAGUCAUCCCAGUCAUCCCUAGUCAUCUCAGUCAUCCCUAGUCAUCCCUAGUCAUCCCUAGUCAUCCCAGUCGUCUUAGUUAUCGCUAGUCAUCCCUAGUCAUUCCUAAUCAUCCCUAGUCAUCCCUAGUCAUCCCAGUCAUCCCUACUCAACCCUAGUCAUCCCUAGUCAUCCCAUUCAUCCAUAGUCAUCCCUAGUCAUCCCUAGUCACCCUAGUCAUCCCUAGUCAGCCUAGUCAUCUCUAGUCAUCCUUAGUCAUCCCUAGUCAUCCUUAGUCAUCCGAGUCAUCCCUAGUCAUCCCUGGUCAUCCCAGUCAUCCCUAGUCAUCCCUGGUCAUCCCUAGUCAUCGGAGUCAUCCCUAGUCAUCCCUAGUCAUCCCAGUCAUCCCUAGUCAUCCUUAGUCAUCCCUAGUCAUCCUAGUCAUCCCUAGUCAUCCCUAGUCAUCCCUAGUCAACUCAGCCAUCCCUAGUCAUUCCUAGUCAUCCCUAGUCAUCCUUAGUCAUCCCAGUCAUCCCUAGUCAUCCUAGUCAUCCCUAGUCAUCCCUAGUCAUCUUUAGUCAACUCAGCGAUCCCUAGUCAUCCCUAGUCAUCCCUAGUCAUCCCUAGUUAUCCCAGUCGUCUUAGUUAUCCCUAGUCAUCCCUGGUCAUCCCUAGUCAUCCCUAGUCAUCCCAGUCAUCCGUAGUCAUCCCUAGUGAUCCCUAGUCAUCGCUAGUCAUUCCUAGUCAACUUACCCAUCCCUAGUCAUUUCCUGUCAUCCCUAGUCAUCCCUAGUCAUCCCAGUUAUCCCUUGUCAUCCUAGUCAUCCCUAGUCAUUCCUAGUCAUCCUUAGUCAACUCAGCCAUCCCUAGUCAUCCCUAGUCAUCCCUAGUCACCCCUAGUCAUCAUAGUCAUCCUUAGUCAUCCCUAGUCAUCCUUAGUCACCCCUAGUCAUCCCAGUCAUCCCUAGUCAUCCUAGUCAUCCCUAGUCAUUCCUAGUCAUCCUUAGUCAACUCAGCCAUCCCUAGUCAUCCCUAGUCAUCCCUAGUCAUCUUAGUCAUCCUUAGUCAUCCCUAGUCAUCCUUAGUCACCCCUAGUCAUCCCAGUCAUCCCUAGUCAUCCUUAGUCAUCCCAGUCAUCCCUAGUUAUCCCUGGUCAUCCUUAGUCAUCCCCAGUCAUCCUUAGUCAUCUUAUUCGUUCCUGGUCAUCCCUAGUCAUCCCUAGUCAUCCCAGUCAUCCCUAGUCAUCCCUAGUCAUCCCAGUCAUCCCUAGUCAUCCCUUGUCAUCCCUAGUCAUCCCAGUCAUCCCUGGUCAUCCCAAGUCAGCCCAGUCAUCCCUAGUCAUCCCUAGUCAUCCCUAGUCACCCUAGUCAUCCCAGUCAUCCCAGUCAUCCCUAG